AGGCAGGGUCAUGUGUGAUGGUGUGUCUCCAUUCAAAGGAUGCCCUGGAGUGAAGAAUCCCGUCAGUCGCCGCACCCUGGCUGGAACACAUCUACUGCACCAUGCUCACGUUUUGGGGCUUUUGCUUGGCUGUAUGCAGUGUCGUCGUCACCGUCCCCGUCGUCACCAGCCUAGUGAAUAGACCCGAGCAUUUAAGGCCCUUUGUAAAAUACCAUGAGAGAGUGUUUUAUGACACAGAAGCUUUAGAACAGCUGCAUCAGAGGUCAAAAAGAGCCGCGGAAGAGCAUGAAACAUUGAUCCAGCUGGAAUUCCAAGCCUAUCGGAGGACCUUCAAGCUGAGGCUGAGCAGGGACACGAGUGCUUUCACCAAGGACUUUGAGAUCCAGGUCAAGGACACCUUGAAGCCAGGAGAUGUCUCUUUUAUUUACUCAGGAGAUUUGCACGAUGAGCCUGGAUCUUUCUGCCAUGGGUCUAUCCACAAUGGCCUUUUCGAAGGGUUCAUCCGAACCAAGAACGGCACUUAUUACGUGGAGUCUGCCGGAGCAUGCACCAGCACCUCUCCAGGUCACUCUCUGAUCCAUCAUGAACGUGACAUAGAUUAUUCCUUGUUGGAAGAUCCAGACUCUGCUGCCUUGACUGAGAGAGCACAUCAGAUCCUGCAACAUUUCCAGCAGGAGCUAAAGUUAAAGGGGGAAACCCUGGAGAGAGAGAAGAGGAGUUUGGAUUAUUCUAGGACAUCCUGCCUGCUGCAUCUGCAAGUUGAUUACUUGUUCUACCAAAGAUUUGGCACCACAGAGGCGGUGGUUUCUCAGGUUGCCAGCUACAUAAAAGCAGUGAAUGCCAUUUAUGAAGGAGCAGAUUUUGACGGUAUCAAGCACGUUGACUUCAAAGUGAAAACAUUAAGCAUAAUCCAAGAGGAUGAUCCUUCUGGCUCCAGGGACUCGCCAUACAUCGGUCCAGAAAUGCUUCUGCUGUUGCACUCCAAGUCCAACUGGAAUACCUAUUGCCUCUCCUACCUCCUGACAGACAGGGACUACAGUGGAGUUCUUGGGAUUGCUUUUAAUGGACAAACUGGUGACCUGGGUGGCAUCUGCUCUAAGCACAAGAAGUUCCAGGACCAGGAGGCCUCUCUGAACACAGGGCUGAUCACACUGCAGAAUUAUGGCCAAUACUUGCCACCUCGGAUCAUCCACAUCGUCCUGGCCCACGAGCUGGGUCACAGCCUGGGAGCCCAUCACGAUGAGAGUAAAGAGUGUGCGCGUUUCAACAUUGACACCACAUACGGGAACUACCUGAUGUUUGGCCACGCCACGGAUGGAUGGCAACACAACAACGACAGGUUCUCCACGUGCAGCAUCGAGUACAUCGGGAAGCUCCUGAGAGCCAAAAAGGACACCUGCUUUGUUGAAACUGACCGUCCCAUCUGCGGCAACCGGAUAGUGGACCCAGGGGAGGAGUGCGACGUGGGGAAUGACAUCUCCAACCAUUGUUGUUAUGCGGCUAGAGAGCCGAACGGCAUCGGCUGUAGGUUGAAGCCAGGGGCGCAGUGCAGCUCGAGCCAGGGCCUGUGCUGCAGCCAGGACUGUGUCUUUAAAUCCCAAGGGGAGCUCUGCCAAGAGGAGACGGAGUGCGCCUUCGCAAGCAUCUGUUCUGGGCUAGCAGCUCAGUGCCCCACACCCGUCCCCAGGGACAACGGCACGUUCUGCAGCAGGGGCACACGGAUCUGCCUUGCUGGGCUCUGCCUCGCCUCGCUCUGCGUUAAGUAUGGACUGGAGCAAUGUGACUGCGUCAGCAGCUCUAUGAGGGAGAAAUGCCAUCUCUGCUGCCAGCAACCAGGCCAGGCCAGGACGUGUGCCAGCACGGCCUCAUUCAUCCCACUCACCCCUGGCUCCCCAUGCUGGGACAAGACAGGCUACUGCGACAAGUUCCACACCUGCCGGCUUGUGGAUGAGGAUGGCCCCAUCGCCAGGGUGAAAAACUCCAUCUUGGCCUUCAUUGAGCUGGAGGAUGUAGCAGCCUGGAUGAAGAAGCGCUGGUGGGCUGUGCUUGCGAUGAUCCUGACUUUGGCGGCAAUGAUGGCUGGCACCGUCUUCCUCUUUGGAAGAACCCUCGAUACUGAAACAGAAGAGAAAGGCACAAAGAGCACAGUCAGGGAGGCCUCAGCCAGCCAGCAGCCUCAGCACAGACGGAUGUUAAUAUACCAUGAACACGAGGAGUUCUACAUGGAAACCACGCACCGGGAGUAUGAGACUAUCAUAUAGCAAAGCAUCCAGAGCCAGCAGUGCUUGCAGACCCCCUCGCAAGUGGAUUUUCCAAGAGGUCUCAGCUCAUGACAGGUACAUAAAAGAAGGGACUGGACUUGUCCCCAGCAACUUCUGCUGAAAAACCAGCUCUUGGGAUCCAAGAUUCCUGGGUUCUGCCCUCCGCAUAGUAGAGCACAAUAGGAGCCUCAAAUGCUUCCGUGUAAGGUUAGUCCUCCCACUGCCUGAUUUGCUGUGUGACUUUUGCUUCAGCUCUUUGUAGCUCGGCCUUCUGCCCAGGUGUGGACAGAAUUGAUGU